UAUUGUUUCUCUUUGACAUCUAAGCAUGAAGCCUUCAUCAAGAAUGAAUAACACAUGUAUAGUUCCAACUUUGCUCAUGCUUUGGAUGGUCUUGUCAGGUUCAGCAUCAACAAGAGCUGAAGAAGUGGGAGAAACUGGUAAGUAUGAUGUAAAAAUGAUUUUGUUUUUAGUGUUAUUAUUAUGUGAGAAAUGUUACUGUGCAGAGGACGAAAGAGAGUUUGAUUACAUGAGAGGAAGUGAAAAGGGACCUGGUCACUGGGGAGAGUUAAAGAAAGAAUGGUCAGCUUGUAAACAUGGACAGAUGCAAUCUCCCAUAGACUUGUCAUGUGCAAGAGUCAAAAUCAUCCCUCGCUGUCAACUACUCCUCACUGAUUACUUUUCUUCUAAUGCCACCAUAAUCAACAGAGGCCAUGAUAUUGCUAUAUAUUGGAAGGGUGAUGCUGGCUCAAUAGACAUAAACGGAACCGAAUUCUUUCUGAAACAGUGUCAUUGGCACUCACCUUCUGAACAUUCCAUCAAUGGCAGGAAGUAUGACUUGGAGAUGCACAUGGUGCAUGUAAGUAUGGAAAACAAGAUUUUUGUGGCUGGUGCUUUCUAUAAAAUAGGGCAUCGCCCUGAUCGUUUUCUCUCUCAGCUUGAGAAAGAAAUCGAGCACCUUGUUGAUGGGGAUGUAGAGAGACAAAUUGGAGAGAUAAAUCCCUCAGGAAUACAGACAAGAGGAAAUAUGUAUUACAGGUACUUAGGCUCACUCACCACUCCUCCUUGCACCGAAGGAGUCAUCUGGAACAUUGAUAGAAAGAUAAGGACAGUGUCGGAAGCACAAGUAAGACUAUUGAGAGAGGCAGUGCAUGAUCAUGCAGUGAGGAAUUCAAGACCAAGGCAACCACGUAACCAAAGAGAUAUAUUAUACUUCAGAUUCAAAAGCAGAGCAAAAUCAAAAAAAUAAAUUCUCUUGGGUUGAUUUUAGGGUACAUUUCCGUAUGUUUUUCAGAUAUAUAUUUGGCUCACGUCUUUAUAUUUUUUAAAUAAACUUUUGUUUAUAUUCUGUUAUGUUCAUUUGUUGUGGAGAUAUUUGAAAGUCUCAGU